AUGUUCAACCUUGAUGGAAAAGUCGCCCUCGUCAUCGGCCUCGGCCAAUCGGGUCCGGAUGGCUUGAGCAUUGGCGCCGCCUGCGCCGUCGCCUUCGCCAAGCAGGGAGCGGUCAUCUUCGGUGGUAACCGCACCGUUGAUGUAAUCGACUCUGUCUUUAACAUAUCAAUCGUUGAUUAA